AUGCCGGUGCCUGUCGAGAAAGACGAACAACUAUUCGUCAUGCCGCUCAAGUACGUCUUCAAGGGCGAACAGGCAAGUCAAUACCGGCACCGGUCGAAUGAUAUAUUAUCACUAGCUAAUACUACCCAGAAAGCGCCAGGCACAAGCCUGAACCAUGACCUCGAAGCGAACAAUUACCUCCAAACAAAUAAGACCGACCCCAUAACUACGACCUCAGAGAACAUAGACACCACCACCACCGACGCCCCACCACGAGGCACCAUCAUCGACUACACCCUCCCCACGCACCUCAUCCUCAUCGCUUUCACCCUCCCCAUCCUCGCGCCUCCCAUCCUCGCCCUCCAGAAAUCCUGCGGCGAUGAAUGGUCCCUCUGGGAGGCUCUCAGCGUCAUGUACACGACAUACUGGACCCUCUUCCUCACCACGGAAGUCGCUCGGGUCAGCUUCAAGAGCGAUUUGGUCAGGGUGGUGAGCUUGGGAACGACGAUCGCGGUUGCUUGUGGUUUUGCGGGAGGGAUGGUUCUGGUGGCUCGGAAGCAUGGUCUUCCAUGGUGUGAGGGUUGA